UCAUGACACGCUGCUGUCUGGGCACGCCUCAUUUCCCUUUCAUCUUAUUGACCAAUGAGCUUGAAGCAUUGAGGCCACGCCCCUAUUCUGCAUUCUACUGUGGCCCUGGUUACGCCUCCUCUGUCUCAGUCACACAGCUACGUGGCAGGUGACUGGAGGUGUAUAGUUGUCCUCGCCUGGACUGUGCUGAUGUGGCCCCAAACCCACCGCCCUACCCGUCCCAUGAUGUCCGAAGAAACCCUACAGAAAAAAUUGGCUAAGGCCAAGGAAAAGUUGAGAGACUAUCAUCCCCAGACCAGCCCUAGUGUUGGUGCAGGAGCAACUGACACCAAAAAGAAGAAAAUAAAUAACGGCACUAACCCUGAGACAACCACUUCUGGUGGUUGCCACUCACCUGAGGAUGAAAAGAAGGCAAGCCACCAACAUCAGGAAGCCCUAAGGAGGGAGCUAGAGGCCCAGGUUCAUACCAUACGAAUCCUUACAUGUGAGAAAACUGAGCUUCAGACGGCACUCUAUUACAGCCAGCGUGCUGUCCAGCAGUUGGAAGGAGAGUCCAGGGAUCUGGUGAGCCGCCUGCAUGAUUCAUGGAAGUUUGCUGGAGAGUUAGAGCGGGCUCUCUCUGCUGUUGCUACACAGAAGAAGAAAGCGGACAGGUACAUCGAGGAGUUAACAAAGGAGAGGGACGCCCUGAGUCUGGAACUGUACAGGAACACCAUAACUGAUGAUGAGCUGAAGGAGAAAAAUGCCGAACUACAAGAAAAACUUCGACUUGUAGAAUCUGAAAAGUCUGAGAUCCAGCUCAAUGUAAAGGAGCUAGAAAGGAAGCUGGAGAGGGCCAAGCUCCUGCUGCCACAGCAGCUGCAGGAGGAGGCUGACCACCUGGGUAAGGAGCUGCAGAGUGUGUCCGCGAAGCUCCAAGCCCAGGUGGAAGAGAACGAGUUGUGGAACCGCCUGUACCAGCAACAGGAGGAGAAGAUGUGGAGGCAGGAGGAGAAGAUACGGGAGCAGGAAGAGAAGAUACGGGAGCAGGAGGAGAAGAUGCGGAGGCAGGAGGAGAAGAUGCGGAGGCAGGAGGAGAUGAUGCGGGAGAAGGAGGAGAAGAUGCGGGAUAAGGAGGAGAACAUGCGUGAGCAGGAGGAGAAGAUACGGGAGCAGGAGGAGAAGAUGCAGAGGCAGGAGGAGAAGAUGCGGAGGCAGGAGGAGAUGAUGCGGGAGAAGGAGCAGAAGAUGCGGGAGCAGGAGGAGAAGAUGUGGGAGCAGGAGGAGAAGAUGUGGAGGCAGGAGGAGAAGAUGCACGAGCAGGAGCAGAAGAUGUGGAGGCAGGAGGAGAAAAUGCAUGAUCAGGAGGAGAAGAUGCAGUGGCAGGAGGAGAUGAUAUGGGAGAAGGAGGAAAAGAUACGGGAGCAGGAGGAGAAGAUGUGGAGGCAGGAGGAGAAGAUGCGGCAGCAGGAGGAGAAGAUGUGGAGGCAGGAGGAGAAGAUGCAGGAGAAGGAGGAGAAGAUGGGGAGGCAGGAGGAGAAGAUGCGGGAGCAGGAAACGAGGCUGUGGCAGCAGGAGGAGAAGAUGCAGAAGCAGGAGGAGCACCUGGAAGCUGCCAUCCAGCAGAACAAGCAGCUACACACCGAGCUGAGCCUCAUGGCUCUCCCUGGGGAAGGAGAUGCACUGGACAGGGAGGAGGUGGAGGAGGAGGAGGCACCUCAGCCCAUGCCAAGCAUCCCAGAGGAGCUGGAGAGCCGGGAGGCCAUGGUGGAGCUGGUGUUUCCGCUUGUGAGCGACCGUAACCAGGGACGUGGUGGAUUGCGGGCAGCUGCCCAGAACCCUGUGGAAGAGUCUGCACCAGGGACCCCGGUCCCUCAGGAGCUCGGGGUUGCCAACAAGCAGGGUGGUGAGUAGAGCCCUUGGGCGAGGGGGGCAGGCAGGAGCAGGGGAGGGCUCGCACGGUGCUCAGUUUCCUGCCUUUCUCCCUCCAAAGAUCUCUACAGCAAGCCCUGCCUGCCAUUCUUCUACCGCGCACAUGACAAGAAGGCAAAAAUAAUAAACAUCUAAAAGCCGGCAGCGAGGCCUGGAGAAGAGUCAGCUGCCGUGUGACUGUUUACAAUAUAGUCAGAACACAAACCUGAAAAAAAAAAAAAAAAAGAAAAAAAAUUUAUUUAUUUUAAA